GCGAAAAGGAUACCAUACAAUCUUCAAAUAUGCUGCUCAAGUGCACUUCUUUGCUUUUGGUCCUGUCUUUGAUGGCAGGAACCUUUGCCAGCAGCGGAUGUCCUGUGGGUUAUAAAUCCGAGAGCAACAAAUGCACUAUUGAGCGUCCCGUCCACGGAUCCUGUCCCACCGGAUCCACCUACAGCCUCAACAUCAACAAGUGUGUUCACUCCUAAGGAUCUCAACUAAGGAUCUAAUUUCCAUGUUAAAAUGAAGGUGCAGGAAAUUUAAAUUUAUCUAUCUGCAGCUUAGAAAAUUCUAUUUCUUAUAAAAUAUUGGCAAAAUGCUAAGAUUAAAUAUCAA